GGGUCGGAGUGAACUGCACACAAGUCAACUGCACCUCACGAGGCUGCGUUAACGGCGUCUGUGUGAAUGGCGAAUGUCGCUGUUCCUCUCCUUGGACAGGAGACGACUGCUCGUCGCUUCUAACUUCAGUGGUACCGUCAACGAUCAUGCAACCGGACGCCAAUGUCUCUUCGUUGUCUGGUCCAUCUUCAGUGGUACCGUCAACGAUCAUGCAACCGGACGCCAAUGUCUCUUCGUUGUCUGGUCCAUCUGACAAAGAAAGGGACACGUAUUCCAUUCCUUUCUUCGUUUCGAUAGCCCUAGCAGCAGGGCUACUUAUCGGUCUUGGAAUUGCGAUGUAUUUGCUAGUAAGGUUCAAAAAGCGAGCGCGCGAUGUCGAGACGAACAAGGAAGACACAACAAAGACACUGGGAUCAAAGUGUCAGAUUCACCCAACAGAUGAUGUGCAAACAUAAAUAAUUUAUUAUAAUAGAAAUCGCUGUGAAUGAAGGUCAUAUAAGCUUAGGAACAGAUUUUAUCAACAUGCACUGUAUCUAAAAUUGUGUUUUGUGGAUUUGUGAAUGUCGUUGUCAUGGGUGCUUUUAAAUUCAAACGGACGUAUGUAAUUUCUGAAUGUUUUGAAAACAAUUUAGUUUUGAUAAUAUAAAAUACGUCCGCGUAUUAAAACAGUGAAAUGACUAUAACGGGAAUCAAAGCAAUCUGACCAUUUGGAAAUAAGAAAUAUUACUUAUUCUUUUCUGAAAUAAAAAGACCUUCAAGUUUAUUUCUUUCCGCAAAGGUAGAUGCUUAUUUAAUGUGUUGCCUCUGCGCAAUUAUAUUGCGUGAAUACUGUUUCAGAAUAUUUGCAUUAAAUCGUAAAACAAUUGAA